GCUAUUGGCUUGGCUCUGUUGAGUUGCCUGGUUGAGCUGCUUGGUUGAAUUGCUUGGUUGAGUUGCCUGGUUGUGCUGCUUGGUUAAAUUGCUUGGUUGAAUUGCUUGGUUGUGUGGUGCCCCAUCAGUAUGCCCUUUUUGGGAAGCCCCACUGCUCCCGGUUUCGCGCCACUUGACGCAUUGAGGUGAGCUCGUGUUGGAUUCAUCUGCGACAGACACCUCCCAGCCGACCGGCAACGCUCAGGGGCAGCAGUAGACCCGCCUCGGCCAAGAAAAUCAGCUCCAUCAUAGCACUUCGAGCGGACCGCCGUGGCUGAGCCCGACACCGCAUCUACACGACCAGGCCAGACGAUCCCCUCCCCUAACCAUCUAUCCUCUGCCCAUGAGUGCCACUGCCAGCAUCGACUCCAAGGGCCUGAUCGAGUGGGCAAACUGUCACGGACACAGUCUCACAACGACCCUGCAGACCAUUCGCAGCCCAACCGAGGAUCUCGACCCUGCAUCGAUCCAAAAACUGUGUCGGUUGCAAACAAACCCUGUCUGGAGUUUCCUCGUCCAGCAUGUUCUACCUCGAGAACAAUACGACUCUGCCAGAGCAUUGCUGAAAAGACAAACCCAGGGCAAUCUUGACCCCAAGAAGACACCGCACUUGUUGCAGCUGAGGCAAAGCCUGCAGAAAGAACAGAACCGGAUGGACACACUGCGUCAACGGCGUGAGCUUCUCCGAGCCAAAAUCGCACAAAAGACGAAUGAUGUCGAAGCUCUGGAGGCACAUUGUCAGGCCGUCGCGAAGGAGAUCUGCCAAUACGAGUCCCAAUUAGCCAAAUCCAAGACCACACUGGCUCUGAGGCGUCGGCAGCAGAUGUUGGAUCAGGCCCACGCCAAACUCUCGUCGCAGCAGAUUCAUGCCCAAAACGAAUAUCCGGCAAUCAUCAAGGGAGUCCUGUCAGACAGACUGGAGAGAUCGCAUCAGGCGCAGUUUGGCUCUGCCGAUCCUCAGUCCGACAAGGCCUUGGACGACGUCAAUGAGGCUGUUGAAGGGAUAUACGCAUACCUCUCAAACACGAUCGGAAGGUAGCCACAGCGACUGCUAGCCGCACCACAUGAGCCCGUUCGUCGUGCACAUCCACAUCCA